AUGGCCGCCGACGGCGCGUCCUCCAUUUCCGUCACUGUACGAGUACGCCCUUUCACGAUUCGAGAGGCAGCGCAAUUAGCAAAAUGCGACGACACAACGCUCUUCCUCGGAGAUGGCUCAUUAGCUGCGGCGCCAACGCCAAAGCUGCACUCGAAAGGAAUUCGUCCCGUCAUUAAAGUCCUGGAUGAGAAGUGCUUAGUUUUCGACCCACCUGAAGACAAUCCCGUGCAGCGAUUUUCGAGAACAGUUCUGCCGCAAGGAAAGCGGGUGAAAGACCAGACGUUCGCUUUCGAUCGGGUGUUCGAUGAGAACACUACCCAGGGCGACGUUUACGAGUCGACCACUAAGCCGCUGCUUGACAGCGUAUUGGAUGGAUACAAUGCAACCGUUUUCGCGUACGGUGCAACAGGCUGCGGGAAGACACAUACGAUCACGGGAACCGCGCAGCAACCCGGCAUCAUCUUCAUGACCAUGCAGGAACUCUUCGAGAAGAUCAACGAGGUGCAGGAAGAGAAGGUCACCGAGGUUACGCUCUCUUACCUUGAGAUCUACAACGAGACCAUCCGCGACCUGCUUGUGGAAGGCGGGAGCAAACAGACGCUGAUGCUGCGAGAGGAUGCGAACCAGACUGUUUCCGUCGCAGGUUUGACCAGCCACCACCCACAAAACGUACAAGAAGUCAUGGACAUCAUCGUACGAGGUAACGAGUACCGAACAAUGUCGCCGACUGAAGCCAAUGCCACGUCUUCACGAUCCCACGCUGUCUUGCAAAUCAAUGUGUCCUCGAAGGAUCGUAAUGCCUCGGUCAACGAACCGCAUACGAUGGCGACCCUUAGCAUCAUCGACCUGGCGGGUAGCGAGCGGGCAUCUGUGACCAAAAAUCGAGGAGAGCGCUUGAUUGAAGGUGCGAAUAUCAAUAAAUCACUCCUUGCAUUGGGUAGUUGUAUAAACGCUCUGUGCGAUCCGCGGAAAAGGAAUCAUAUCCCAUACCGAAACUCGAAGCUCACUCGUCUGCUGAAGUUCUCGCUCGGCGGAAACUGUCGGACAGUUAUGAUUGUCUGCGUCAGUCCGUCGAGCGCACAUUUUGACGAGACGCAGAACACGCUGCGAUACGCAAACCGGGCAAAGAACAUUCAGACUAAGGUGACCAAGAACGUCUUCAAUGUCAAUAGACAUGUGAAGGACUACUUGAAGAAGAUUGAUGAGCAGCGGGUGCUGAUCGACGAACUGCUGAAGAAGCAGAAGGACUCUGAUGCAAGUGCAUUUGUCAAGUUCCAGAAGCAGACCGAGAAGAAGGAUGUCAUUGUUCGCGAAGCCGUAGCACGGUUACGGCAAGCUUACGCGGAUUCUGAGCCAGACCGGAGGGAGAGACUUGCAUUGUUGAAGAACCUGAAGCAAGCUGAGAAGCGCGUAUCUCUGAUUUCAGCCUGGAUAGCCGCGUUCGAUCAGGUCCAGGAGCUUCGGGAAAACGAAGUCAUGCCUUCACAGGUUACAGUAGUGAGGGACACAGCCGUCGGAAUUUCAGCUGAGCUCGAGCAAACGAGGCAACACUGCCACCGCCGCCUGGAACGCUCUAGCUGGACUAGCAAGCUUGACACUGCGCUGCAGUUCGGCUUGCGACAGCUUAGCGAGGUUGACAGUUCCAGCGACAGCCACGAUGCUGCUAACGUCAAGCGCGAAUACGAGAUCCUCAAGUCGAAUGCAGAACGGGAAGCCCUGGGUGUGCUUCUGGAUCAAGAGAAGGGUGGCGAUGCUGCAGUUGUGCAAGUACUCGUGCAAGCCCACAUUGAGACGGUCGCCAUAUUGAAUCAGAUUACCCAAAUGGAUGAAGAGGAGGCGGUCCAAGCGGCGAAGAAGAUUCUCACCCAGAUCAUGAAUUCUUGCACGAACGCUACUGCGCGUGUCGUUCGACCAGACGGCAAUCUCCCCGUUACGGAAUUCUUCGCACCAGCCCACAAAGGAACGCCAAAGCGCAGUGCGCGAGUGCCUCUCACAGCUUCAGAGAUGCGACCGCUGGCAGCGCCGUCGUUCACUGAAGCACCUCACAUAGCGUCACCACCGAAGGGUUCGCCUCGUCGGCCGCGGAAGAUGGGAGGUGCGAAGAAGGGCGUCCAGUUUUCUCCCAUGAAGAAGAAGUCACCGUCAAAAGCCAAACGUGGCGUUCGGUGGAGGGAUGACACUGAGAACGGCACGCUGGCGGAAUUCCAAAAGACACCAGACCCAGUAGAGUCGACACCAACAUGCUCAUCUAUCGAUAUCCCUCCGCCUACGUUCUCCGUGCCGGUCGACGCACCUGAAGCCGAUCAGUAUGGCGGUUCUUCGCCUAUACCAACGCCUCCGAAAACAUCGAUCGAUCUUAAGCCUAAGUCGAGCCGGUUCCAGACGGGGUUCCUCUCGAAGAAAUCUGAUGGACCCGCUACAAACUUCUCAUCGGACUCAGAGACGUCUCCUCUUCGUGAGAUCGGUACAAAUGCGAUCCGCUCUUCUGCAUUAAGCAAUGUUGAGAAUGCGGCCGAUAUGAACUCUAUGGAGGCAUCUUCUGGAUCGGAUGAGGAGAAGUGGAACAUGGAUCGGUCAGAUGCACGCAAGAUCGGAUCAGCGAUGAAGAGACGUUCGUCAGGUGCUCAUGGCUCCGUGCCAGCGAGCCGUGCGCAUCGUCGUCGUAGUCCCUCUGCCGCGACAGGCAGUCCGCAGAACGAGAAUAUGCUUCUCUCAGCUGGUGCAGCGCGUCGAAUGGUUAAAGGAGAGCGCGAUGCUGACUGGAAAGCCAGCGUGCUUAGCCCGCGGCCUGCCGCCAUUGUCAAAGGGGCGCCGCGAAGGACGACCAUGGCGAUGACGGGCGAAGAACGAAGUGCGGGUGGAUCGUUAAACAGGGCCCCAAUACGAAUAACAAGCAACGGCUCGACUGGAUCGAGAAGCAGCUUGAUGUCUGCUUCGAAAAGUGCUUGGCGAUGA